AUGAGUUUCGUAACUGACAAAACUCCAGCUGAUGAGACGAAUGGACCGGGGAAUAGUGCAACUUCUGCACAUGAUUCUGUUCUUAGAUUAUCUUUUAAUCAAGAUUGCACAUCAUUGGCGAUGGGUACAAUAAAAUCAUAUUUUCUCUAUACAAUCGUCCAAGAAAAUCAAAUCAUUGAGAAUCGUAGUUCCGAAAUUCGACCAUUUCCAAAUAUUCAUCAACUUCCCUACGACAACGUUCGUAUAAUCGAGCGCUUGUAUGCCAGUUCCUUGCUUGCCGUUGUCAGCGAUCAAGCACCACGAAAACUAAAAGUGUGUCAUUUCAAAAAAGGUACCGAGAUCUGUUCAAUCUCGUUUCCAAACAAUAUUCGCACUGUUAAACUCAAUCGUUUGAAAUUAAUCGUUUGCUUGGAUGAGAGUAUUUACAUUUACAACAUGCGUGAUAUGAAAGUAUUACAUAUGAUUCGUGACGUACCGCUAAAUCCAGACGGACUUUGUGCAUUAUCAUCAGAUGAUAAGAGUCAAUAUCUGGCUUAUCCGGGCAGUUCGAUAACUGGUGAAAUACAAAUAUUCGAUACAUCUAAUUUAAAACCUGGUGUAACAAUUAGUGCUCAUGAUAGUCCAUUGGCAGCUAUGGAAUUCGAUGGAAAUGGAGCUAGAAUUGCAACAGCAUCGAAUAAGGGAACAGUUAUUCGUAUUCAUAGUGUAACUGAUGGUACGCGUUUGUUUGAAUUUCGUCGUGGCAUUCGACGUGUGGCAACAAUUUACUGCUUCGCAUUUAGUCCUGAUUCGAGUUUCCUUGCUGCAUCAAGCAAUACUGGUACUAUACACAUCUUUCGAUUAGUCACCCAGAAAGAAAAGCCAGCAGAGGCGCCAGUGUCAUGGAUGGGUACAUUCAGUCGUGUGUUGGAAGAUGUGGCAUAUUAUUUGCCAAAACAAACGUCUGAAGUUUUAACACAAGAACGUGCUUUUGCAACGGUUCAUCAUCCAUCAUCAGAAACAAAAACAAUCAUUGCAAUAACUGCUUCGACAGAUGCACUGAAACUAUUUGUUGCCGGUUAUGAUGGCAUUGUUCAUACCUAUGAAGUCAAUACCCGUGAUGGAGGAGAAUGCCAACUAAUGAAUCAAUAUUCUUUAUUUCAAAUAUCUUCUAGUGAUCAGACAAAUACAACUACAAACAAUUUUCACGAUGGUGCUACACGAAAGUAUCCUCCGAAUUUAUUACGAAAUGAAACUAAUGCUGUUGCCCUAACUAAUAAUGCACACCUUGUGGAUCAAACGUUUAAUACUGCAAUAGAACAAGAUAGCUUUCCUCCGCUUCCAUCGCCUCCACUUGGAGGCCAUGAUGAAUAA